GCCAGGCAGGAGGUGGGAGGCCACGUCACCGCAGUGCCACGUCCCCUCAGGCCCGUGUCCCCCAGCCCUGGCCAUGGCUGGGCUGCUCCAGGCCCUGGUGAGUGCCUCAGAGAAGGCUGCGGAUAUCGCCCGGCUGUGCCGGCGGGAGCAGCCGCUCUUCCAGCUCCUGGUGGCCGAGAAGACAGGACCCGACCGGAACCGGAGGUUUCUGCAGGACUUCAAGACGCUGGCGGAUGUCCUCAUCCAGGAGGUCAUCAAGCAUGACCUGGGGAGGGAGUUCCCAGAGCUGCAGGGCCACAUCCACGGCGAAGAGUCCAGCGAGUUCAGGAGCCCUGAGGGGGAGAUGGUGACGGUGCGGGUGUGCGCCACGCCGAGGGACACGGCAGCGCUGCUGCUGGCGGUGCUGGGGCCUGAGCACGAGGCCGCGGAGCUGCUGUCGGACGCUGUGCACCGGGACGUGGCACUGGCAGAUGCGGCGUUGGCUGGCGUGGAGCUGAGCAUCCCCCCUCAGGACCUGGCCAUCUGGAUAGACCCCAUCGACUCCACCAACGAGUACAUCCGUGGGAGCGAGGAUGUGAGCCCCGUCGAUGGCAUUGCUCCGGCUGGGCUGUGCUCAGCACUGGUGCUCAUCGGCGCCUACAACCGGCACACGGGCUGCCCCGUGCUGGGCGUCAUCAACGAGCCCUUCUUCCAGCGGCACUCCGAGACGCACAGGUACCGGCACCAGGGGCAGCACUGGGGUGAGCGGGACCCCACUGGUGCCUGCACUGAGGGUCCCCGUCCCCACAGGUGGCAGGGCCGGUACCACUGGGGCGUCGCUUAUGGGGACACGCGGCUGAGCUCACUGAGCCCCCCAGGACCGUCGCUGGUGCCACGCGUGGUGCUGAGCCGCGCUGAGGCGCCAGCAGUGCGGGCGGCGCUGAAGCCUCUCUGCGGCGGGCGCCUGCUCUUCGCUGCCGGUGCCGGGUACAAGCUGCUCUGCGUCAUCCUCGGGCUGGCGGACGUCUACGUGCUCUCGGAGGGCAGCACCUUUGCCUGGGACGCCUGCGCUCCUCACGCCAUCCUGCGUGCCCUGGGCGGGGGGAUCGUGGCCUUGGCAGGGGCCUUGCAGGCGCGGCGAGCAGGGGGCAUCGGGACCCCCCCCGAGCUGGUUUACAACCGCCCCAUAGACGGGGCAGAUGGGGCUGAGCGCUGGGCAAACUGCGGCGGCCUUGUGGCCUACGUGGACCCCCAGCACCUUGAGGCCGUGCUGGCCACGCUGGACACCGUGCUGGGGCUCUGAAAGCAUGGGGGCCAGGGGUGUGGGUCACAGGGUGGCAGGACCAGGGUACAGGGUGUCUGGGACCAAGGGUGGUGGGUCACUGGGUCGUCAGGUCAUAGAGUAUAGGACGUCAGGGACCUCUGAGUGCAGUGUAUGAGGUGUCUGGUCCCUCAGGGUGCAGCUUAUGGGGUGUCAGGGACCUCUGGGUGCAGGCUUUGGCGUUUCCAGGGGGUGGACCAAGGGUGGCA